CCCCAGCCCCUGCCCCCCUCCCUGAUCUCCCCGCGGUGGAGAAGCGGGAAUGCUUGGUCUGAGCAGGGCUGACCCCUGUUGUGACCCCUCAUUCUCCUGCUUCUGCUUUCCUCCCCAGCUCUACCUUCUGUGGCCUCUGCUGUGCCCCAGGAGGACAGCUUGGAGGAAGAGGGAGUGGCUUCUGCCCUGACAGCCAGGCCCUCCAAGGCAGUUGAGGUUAAGUGACUUGCCCAGGAUCACAGAGUUGAGAGCCCAAAAUUUAUUGGAGAUAAAUUUCUUGAAUAUAGUGAGUAUGGGAAGGCCUUCAGGAGCAAGGAGCACCUUUUUGUGCAUCAGAAAAUUCAUGCUGGAGAGAAACUUUGCAAAUGCAGUGAAUAUGGGACAGCCUUUAGGGAUAAAACAGAACUUACAGUGCAUCACAGAAUUAAUACUGGAGAGAAACCUUAUGAAUGUAACGAAUGUGGGAAGGCCUGCAGGGAUAAGACACAACUUAAAUUUCAUCACAGAAUUCAUCCUAGAGAGAAACCUUAUGAAUGUAGUGAAUGUGGGAAGGCCUUCAGAAAUAAGAAACAAUGUAUUGUGCGUUGAAGAGUUCAUACUGGUGAGAAACCUUAUGAAUGUAGUGCAUGUGAAAAAGCAUUCAGAUAUAAGACACAACUAACAAUGCAUCACAGAAUUCAUAUUGGAAACAUUUCUUUAUAAAUGUAAGGAGUGUGGGAAGACUUUUCUUUUCAAGUCAGGACUAACUCGACAUCAAAGACUUCAUAGUGGAGAGAAACCUUAUGAAUGUAGGAAAUGUGGAAAGACCUUCAGGAGGAAGGACCGUUUUAGUGGUCAUCAGAGGAUUCAUGCUGGAGGGUUGUGUUAUGGAUAUGAGGAGCAUGGGAAGGGUUUCCACUACAGCUCAGAUAUCACUCUACAUCAAAAAAUUGAUACUGGAGAGAAAACCUAUGAAUGUGGUGAAUGUGGAAAGGACUUCCGGGAUAAGACAAAACUUGCAGUGCAUCACAGAAUUCAUACUGGAGAGAAACCUUAUCAAUGUAGUGAAUGUGGAAAGGCCUUCAAAUGUAAGAAACAAUUUACACUACCUCAGGGAAUUCAUACUGGAUAGAAACCUUGUGAAGAUGGUGAAUGUAUGAAGGUCUUCAUGAGUAAGAAGCGUCUUUCUCUGCGUCAGAGAAUUCAUAUUGGAGAGAAUCCUUAUGAAUGUAGUGAAUGUGGAAAGGCUUUCAGGGUUAAGACGCAACUUAUAGAGCAUCACAGAAUUCAUACUGGAGAGAAAUCUUAUCAAUGUAGUGAAUGUGGGAAGUCCUUCAAAUAUGCAAAACAGUUUACAGUACAUCAAAGAAUUCAUACUGGAGAUAAACCUUAUGAAUGUAGUGAAUGUGGGAAGGCGUUCAGGACUAAGACAUCAGAGUACAUCAGAGAAUUCAUGCUGGAGAGAAACCUUAUCAAUGUAGUGAAUGUGGGAAGGCCUUCAGGACUAACUCACAACUUAGAGUACAUCACAGAAUUCAUACUGGAGAAAAACCUUGUAAAUGUAUUGAAUGUGGAAAGGCCUUCAAGAGGAAGGACCAUCUUAGUAGUCACCAGAGAAUUCAUACUUGAGAGUUAUGUUAUGAAUAUAAGGAGUGUGGGAAGGGUUUCCACUACAACUCAGAUCUUUUUCGACAUUAAAAAAACUUCAUACUGGAGAGAAACUUUAUGAAUGUAAUGAAUGUGGAAAGGCCUACAAAAGGAAAAAAUAUCUUACUGUACACCAGGGAAUUCAUACUUAAAACAUCCUUAAUAAAUGUAAGGAGUGUGGGAAGGCUUUCCCCUACAACUCAGAUCUUAUUCGUCAUUAAAAAAAUCAUACUGAAGAGAAACCUUAUGGAUAUAAUGGAUGUGGGAAGACCUUCAGAGUGAGGAUCCAACUUAAUCAACACCAAAGAAUUAAUUCAGGAAAGAAAUCUUGAGUGCAAUGCAUGUAGGUUGGCCUUUAGAUGGAGGACACUACUUUAUAUCCAUCAGAGAAUUUAUCCUGGGGAGAUUGGUAAGGAGUGUGGGAAGGCAUUCCAUUGCAAUUCAGAUCUCAGUAGACACCAAAAAUUCAUGUUGGAGAAAAACCUUAUGUAUGUAGUGAAUAUGGGAAGGCCUUCAAGAAGAAGCCACAUAUUACUGGAUAUCAGAGAAUUCACACUGAAGAAAUUCUUUAUGAAUGUGAGUAGUGUGGGAGGCCUUCCAUCACAAAUCAGAUCUUUUUCAACUUCAAGUAAUUCAUGGCUUCUGAAUGUAAUGUAAAAGGGAAGGUCUUCUAUCUGAAUGUAUCUUUUACUCAACAUCAGUGCAUUCAUUCUGGAGAGACACCUUAUGAAUGUAGUGAAUGUGGGAAGACCUUCAGCCUGUAGACACAACUUACUCAAGAUGAAAGAAUUCUUUCUGGAGAGAAACUUUUUGAGUUUAGGUAAGACUUUAGAUUAAGGGCACUACUUUAUGUCCAUCAGAGAAUUGAUAGUAGAGUGAUUUUCAUGAUUAUAAGGAGUGUGGGAAGAUUCCCCCAGCUGACUAAAGUGUGAUUCUGAGUCUCUAGAUGCAUUUCAUGGAGUCCUUAUUUAGGCACCAUGGGAGGUUCCUCUCCUCUAAGGAGCCCUGUAAAGGGGCAAAGAUUUAAUAUUACCCUCCCAUGGGCUUUGUGGGAGGGAGAGGUUACUGAGUGGAUGGUGGUUUUGGAAGAUCCUUAGUAUUAACUUUGGUCCCUCAGAAUAUGGCAAGAGUCUUGAAGGUGACCUCGCACCGUGAGAUGAUCCUGAGCCUAAUGUGUGAUGAAUAAUUGUUGGUGGUACUUGAGAAAUAUAUCAUAAUGUGAACUGUGUUCCUGAUAUUGCUGGUGCUGCUCCUAUCCAUUUGGGUAGCCACCGUGGACCAUAAAGAGUUGGAAUCACCUUAUUAAAACAAAGGCUCGUUAGUGCCUGUGACAGAUUUUAAUGCAAUGUGAUUUUGGUCCUGUGCUCUGAACUUCAAAGGAAAGAAGUUCACUGAAGUGCAAGUAAACAGCAGGAUUAUCAAUGGUAGCCAAAUGCCUUGUCAUCUAAUUAGGGACACACAUGAAAAGAUGAAUAAGAUUCCCAUUAAGAUUUAGGAAUAGAAACACAGUUUUCAAGGAAGAAAUCAAAGCGAUCACUAAUAAUGAAAGAGUGCCCUAAAUCACUUUUAACUAGAGAAAUGAAAAUGAAAGCAACUUUGAAGUAACAUGUCAUACUACCUCAGAUUGGCCAAAGUGACAAAAAAAAGGAAAUGGCAAAUUCUGGAGGGGAUGUGGAAAGAGGGACAUGAGCACAAUUCAGAAUUGGUUCAACCAUUCUGGAGAACAGUUUGAAACUGUGCCCAAAGGACUAUGAAACUAUGUGUAUACUGGGG